CCACACUGGAGGCUCAGCUGGGGUUCCCCGAGGCGGCCCUAGAGACAGCCGAAGCAGCACUGCGCUGCUGCUGCCUUUCGCAGCCCGCUGCCCUCUGCAGCAGCAGCAGCAGCAGCAGCAAAAAGGGAUUUGCAUGCACUUGCAGCAACACUGCAGCAAGAAAUGAAAUUGUGGCCAAAGGGGCCCAGGCGUGGGCUCCCUUGCCACUUGGGUGUACAGACGCCGAUAGACUGCAUGCGCUGCUGCUGCUGCUGCACUGCCUCGACAGCAGCAGCAGCAGCAGCAGCAGCAGCACAAGCAGUAGCAGCAACAGCAGUGGCAGCAGCAGCAGCAGCAACAGCAACAGCAGCAGCAAGCAGCGUGAAAAGGCAUGGGCAGUGCUCCAAGCGGCAGCGCAGGAGUUCGGCUGCCCAGAUGUUGUCACUAUGAGCAGCAGCAGCAGCAGCAGCAGCAGCAGCAGCAGCAGCAGCAGCAGCAGCAGCAGCGGAUAUGACCGCGGCAACAGUAGCAGCAGCACUGGAACCAGCAGCAAAAGCUGCAGCAGCUGCAGCAGCAACUGGGCACGCGACAAGAUAGUGAUUGCUGCUGCUGAGCAUGCAGCAGCAAUGGGGUCUACUGCUGCUGCGCUGCAGCUGCUGCAGCAGGUAGCAGCAGGAUCUCCAAUGCGUGCUGCAGCACAGCUAGCUGCUGCUGGUGUGCAUCUUCUGCUGCUGGACGACAACAUUGCAGCAAUCCGCUGCCUCCGCCGAGCUGCUGCUGCUCCUUGCUGCUGCGCUGCAGCACUCUCCAAAGCUGGGGAGCUGCUGCUGCUGCUCAGGAGGCCCCAAGAUGCUGCUGCUGCUUUUCAAAGAGCCUCUGAGCUGCUGCCAGACAACAGACACGUAGCGUGCCAACUCAGUGAGCAGCAGCAGCAGCAGCAACAGCAACAGCAGCAGCAGUAG